GGGAGGAGAGUGGACCCCCCAACUUUGAGGCUUUUUCCUCCGCGCAUCCCCGCCGCCUCCCGGUCCCGGCGCGGGGUUCGGGGAUGCCCGCCAGCAUGUUCAGUAUCGACAACAUCCUGGCCGCCCGGCCACGCUGCAAAGACUCGGUGCUGCCGGUGGCGCCCAGCGCUGCGGCUCCGGUCGUCUUCCCGGCCCUGCACGGGGACUCGCUCUACGGCGCCGGCAGCGGCGCCUCCUCGGACUAUGGCGCCUUCUACCCGCGCCCCGUGGCCCCCGGCGGCGCAGGCCUCCCGGCAGCGGUCAGCGGCUCCCGCCUCGGCUACAACAACUACUUCUACGGGCAGCUGCACGUGCAGGCGGCACCCGUGGGCCCGGCCUGCUGCGGGGCUGUGCCGCCACUGGGCGCCCAGCAGUGCUCCUGCGUCCCGACGCCCCCAGGCUACGAGGGCCCCGGCUCGGUGCUAGUGUCCCCGGUACCGCACCAGAUGCUCCCCUACAUGAACGUGGGCACCCUGUCCCGCACCGAGCUGCAGCUCCUCAACCAGCUGCACUGCCGGCGGAAGCGGCGGCAUCGCACCAUCUUCACCGACGAGCAGCUCGAAGCUCUGGAGAACCUCUUCCAGGAGACCAAGUACCCAGACGUGGGUACCCGCGAGCAGCUGGCCCGGAAGGUGCACCUCCGCGAGGAGAAAGUGGAGGUCUGGUUUAAAAACCGCCGCGCCAAAUGGAGGCGGCAGAAGCGGUCCUCGUCGGAGGAGUCGGAAAACGCGGAGAAGUGGAACAAGCCGUCGUCGAAGGCGUCGCCGGAGAAGAGGGAAGAGGAAGGUAAAAGCGAUUUGGACUCGGACAGCUGACGGCCGCGGGCCGGCCGUGGCCCUUGCCUAAUUCGAAGGACUUGCACACCCAGACGAUGCUACUUUCUUGCACACGCGCUGCCUUUUGGGAGGGGGUUCGAGAAAGAGGAACGAGGAGCUGUAAAUAGUGUACAGUCCGGAGGGUGGGCGCCUGGGGUCGGGACGCGCCGCCGGGGCUUGCAGCCCGAAGUCCGAGGCUGCAGGCGACUCCCUCCCCACCGUAGUAUUUAUAGUUAAAUUAACGGUGAGACGAUACAAUAAAGUGACGGCGAUGUA